UUUUUUUUCUUGUUAAGCAGCAGAAGUGUUUUGAAAUUGUGUGCAGAAACACAGAGAGACAAGGGAAGGCGAAUAGUCCCGAUCCGGUGCUUCAGGGAGGAGGUUCAAAAGGAAACGCAGCGGGGGACGAGGAGUGGGGGUGGGGAGAACUGUGUUUUGGCUCCCGUGCCGGCUAAGAACCGGGUAAGGUAAGGCCUCGUCUUCUCCGGUCGAGUUUCUCUCACAUUCCACUCUCCCCCUGGGUCCUGCGUGCCGACGCCAUAUAGCCCAGAGGGCCCAUAGGAGACGAGCAUCAGAGACCGAAGAAAGUCAGCGAGCUGGAACCCAGGCGUCCCGUUUGGAAGUGUCCAAGGAGAUCGCCCCAAGUGCGCCAGCCGAGUCUGGGAGAGUUUCCUUUUGGCCGAGAGGGGGAGCCCCGCGUUCCCAGCCGGGAGCGACCUGGAGUCCCGAGCCUCGAGCCUCAGCCGCCAGCUAGCGCCAGUUUUGGCUUCAGCCGAUUAGGAAGAGGAGGGAGGGGGCCGAGAGCGCGUAGAGGGAGGGGACCGGAGCCGGAGGGUCCCGAGUCCAGCUCGCUGUUGACGUAGAGAAACUUUCCCUCUCGGCCACGGAAACGGCGCCCGGGCUGCGCCGGAGCGGAGUUCGCCAGGCUCCGAGGACGCGGCGGCUCUCCAUGUCCCUGCCCGGAGCCUGACCCGACUGCAUCAGUCAGUAAGUUAUGUGUAAUUUCAUCUGAUAUACACAAGAGAGAAAGUAAUUGAAGGCAAAUUCAGAUGGGAACUGGAUGAUUGAAAGUCAAGUGUCUGCAUAUUCCUUCAACUAUAUUUGAACAUACCUACCCAGGAUAUAAAGUGUGAUUGAACUGAACAUCUAUUUGGUUGAUCCUCAUCAUGAACCGUGCUUUUAGCAGGAAGAAAGACAAAUCAUGGAUGCAUACGCCAGAGGCUUUAUCAAAACAUUACAUUCCCUAUAAUGCAAAGUUUCUUGGCAGCACAGAAGUGGAGCAGCCCAAAGGAACAGAAGUUGUGAGAGAUGCUGUAAGGAAGCUAAAGUUUGCAAGACAUAUCAAGAAAUCUGAAGGCCAGAAAAUUCCUAAAGUUGAGUUGCAAAUAUCAAUUUAUGGAGUAAAAAUUCUAGAACCCAAAACAAAGGAAGUUCAACACAAUUGCCAGCUUCACAGAAUAUCAUUUUGUGCAGAUGAUAAAACUGACAAGAGGAUAUUCACUUUCAUAUGCAAAGAUUCUGAGUCAAAUAAACAUUUGUGCUAUGUAUUUGACAGUGAAAAGUGUGCUGAAGAGAUAACUUUAACAAUUGGCCAAGCAUUUGACCUGGCGUAUAGGAAAUUUCUAGAAUCUGGAGGAAAAGAUGUUGAAACAAGAAAACAGAUUGCAGUGUUACAGAAAAGAAUUCAAGACUUAGAAACAGAAAAUAUGGAACUUAAAAACAAAGUACAAGAUUUGGAAAACCAGUUGAGAAUAACCCAAGUAUCAACAUCUCCACUGCUGCACAAAAUGUCUGAUCAUGAGCAACACGGGUUUCAGAGAUGCUCACCUUCUUUCUGGCGUAGAACUGAUGAUUCAUCUCCCUGUCUAAAUAUUUCUUCCAUUACUGUCACUCCUGUCAACUCGCCUGAUUCCAGACUAUCAUUGGGACUGUUAAUACCACCACCUUCUAAGUGUGGCCUUCCCAAGCCAAUCAGUGAGAGCAGCAUCCCAAGACCUCAUGCAGGCAAUGUGACACCUAAGUCUCCCUCCACUGACAUCUUUGAUAUGAUUCCAUUUUCUCCAAUUUCACACCAGUCUUCAAUACCUACUCGCAAUGGCACGCAGCCACCUCCAGUCCCUAGUAGAUCUACCGAGAUUAAACGGGACCUAUUUGGAGCAGAACCUUUUGACCCAUUUAACUGUGGAGCAGGGGAUUUCCCUCCAGAUAUUCAAUCAAAAUUAGAUGAGAUGCAGGAGGGGUUCAAAAUGGGACUAACUCUUGAAGGCACAGUAUUUUGUCUCGACCCGUUAGACAGCAGGUGCUGAUGUCAAGAACAAGAGGUCUUGAAUCUGUUAAAUUUGUUUUGUAUACAUAUCUAUUAUUCAUUAUUACUUAUGACAGGUAUUAUACAUGUACCAAUAUAUUUUUGAAUCUCAUAACUUUCUGAAAAUUAUUUCAGUAAAAUUUCCUCAUACUUUCACUGUUGAACUGUAGCAUUUUGUUUUAAAAACAACUCACUGUAAAGUAAAUCAUACUUUUAUGUUCCUUUCUGUUUGUUUGUAGAAGAAUUUAUAAUUGAAAGACAAAUUAUCCAAAUAUCUGCCUGUGUCUGAGCUCUAAACAAUUAGCUUCUUCAAAUUUAAGUUCAUUCUCUAGGAUGCUAGUUUAUUACUGAUUUCCCAAAAGCCAUACCUUAAAGAUACCUUUCAGAGUCCUGAAGAGAUACACCAAUGCUAAACUAAAUAUGUUCUAUAUUCAAACCAAUAGACAUGUUACCAUUCAUUAGACAGAUGUCAUUUUAUGUAUGAAAUGUUGUUCAUAUUAUUGGGAAAAUGUAAACUUUGAAUAUAAUACCACCAGAUCAUUUUAGCAGGUAAAAUAACAAAAAUAUAAAUUCCAAUAAUAAUUAAACUAAAUGUAUUUAGAGUACUUAUUAGUAUAAGCAAGGUAAUAAUGUUAGUUAUUGUUAUCAGCUACACUCUAAAUAUUUAUUUCAUAAAUAAAGAUUGUGGAACAAAUGAAAAUUUGCUAUUUACAAAACACUUAAAAUAAAAUUUAAUUUCUAAUGAGAUAAGUUACAUUACUAAACAUCAUCUGAUCUGAAGUUUCUGAAAAAAACAUUUGGAAUAUAUGCUGUCUGUAGUUGCAGUAUCUAUUACCCAUAUAUACUUUACCAAAUAUAUUUUUUCUGAACUGAAUAAGACUAUCCUUCCUAUAUUUUCUCCUUUGAUAAAGAUAUUUUCUCACCAAAGUUUAUUUUGUGAUGACCCAUUAGUUUUGAUACUGUUAAAAAUCUAUGGCACCUGUUCUUUAUGAAUUAUCAACAUUAUUUAGCAAAUUUAAUUUGUAUCUGUUUUGUUAAACUCAGAAUCUCAUUUUUCACAAAAAUGAAAUUGCUGCUCAGUUUAGUCUUUAACAUGAACAAUAACAUUUUCUUGCAGCUGAUUCUUGAUGUGCUGAUGAACUCUGACUUUUAAAAAUGUUUGUUUCUUACACCUUUGCCCAUUAUGUAACAGACUGUAAUUUGUACUGAGUGCAGCAAAAUUUAUGGUCAAAUUUAUAAUUUGGUUCAUCACAUUAUAAGAAAAAAAUUAAAUUAAUGAAAAUAUGAGCUUAGAUUGAGGGUAGAUCUCAAAAAUGUUUCUUUUCCUUUAGUCAUGGGAAUUUUCUUCACGUGCUAAAGGUACAUUUUCACUAGGAACAGAAAUCAAAUAGGCUUAUGCAAUAUUAUAUUUGUAUGUAUCCCCAUAAUGUUCUGUGGUGUAUAUAAGCCUUCUUGUUUGCUUUCUGUUAUCUGCUAAGUUGUACCUUAAUUAGAGGGUAGUAUAUGUUUCAUAAAGAAGAGUCUUUAUAAUUUUGUUUGUCAUAUAGUAUUUCGGAAUUUGUAUAAUGAGGAUGUUUAGAAGCCAUAUCAAUGGCUUUUUUUAACAGAUAGAAUUUGUAUUUUUAUUGUACUUUAUAAAGCUUUGUGUAAUAGGUAUAUAUUUAGUGGCGAUUUAUUAUCAAUGGUAACACAAUAGAGUACUUUGCACAUUUAAAAUACGUUAUUGUACCAAUUUUCAAUGGUAAUUAGUUCUGCUACUGGCAUGAUUAAAUAGUAUAUAAUUGGUCAUUAAUUAUGAACAUUUAUUUCACCAGUGCAUUUUUAUGAAGAUACAGUUGCAAAUUGUAUUUCUAUGUAAACUCAAUGAUAUGUUUGAUUUUGCUGAGAAUAAAUGAUUUUAAAUAAA